AGCGAAACCAACCACGCCCGAAACACACGUGAAACGCCGCCCCACCGCCGUGCUUGCGCUCCAAGGCCCCUGAAACACCGCUGAAACACCAGCCGGCCAUACAAGACGCGUCAUCCAAGACCUCUCCAGGCAUCUGCAAAUGAGUGCAAACAGCCACCGAGUCAGAACCUCUCCUGCGAGAAAACGUAGGCGCGUGCUUUCGGAAAUCCAAAACACAGACGGGCCGCUUCCGACUGCCAAAAUUCGUAAAAAGUCCUUGGAUUUCGACUUGGUUCGUAUCCCAAGCUCACUGAAGAAACUGGCACCCGAACAUUCGACGCCCCACCCCCUCGAAAUGGCGCCUAUUGAGGCUCGAAGGCCCAAUCUGCUCUCGGACAUGAAUACAAAGGGCUCCGGAAUCCCGAUGCUCGUGAAAAACGACCGUUUCGAGCGCUUUCUCACAAUCAGCCAGUCGCUCAAUCGGAAGUCAUCCAUCAACGGGCUUAGUGGGGAAAUGCUCCCCUCGGCACACCAGCUAGAAGAACUGAAACAAGCCAAUUCUAGGGCCCUUUUGCACAAACUCGAGCUGGAGGCAAAGUCGCUAGAUAAAGAGCUCUCAGAGGCCACUCGCAGAUUAGCAUAUGCUCAAGAAGAGGCGUUCGAAACCCGCAAACUCCACAGAGCAUUGCAGAACGAGUACCUGACGCUCCAAAGUGCCGUGGAGGAGCACGAGGGCAAAUUCGAAUUCUUGCUGGGCCAGGUCACCACACGGGUCGAAAUGAUGGAGCGUGAUAUCCAGCUCCAGAUCAAGGAAUAUGGCAACAAGGCCCAGAGCUCGUACAACGAUGUUGAAAUGGAGGUCAAGACAGAGCUCCAGAAUGCCUUGAGGAGCGAGGACGAGGAGACCUCCAAGGAAUUGGCCGUUCUCGAGGAAAAGAAGAAACAGUUGGAGCUCCAGCUUGGGGCGAUGGUUUCGGCAAACAACGAUAAAAUCAAAAAAGAGCAGGACGCAAUAUCUAGGAAAGCCGACGAGGCCGCUAGGAAUAUCGACCACGACGUCUCGAUUGCCGAGCAAACACUCUGUGAUUUGCAAAAGGCGCAUGACGCAUUGGAAGAGGAGAACCAGAAGCUACAGGCCGCCAUUUCCUCGGAGGAGGCGGCGGGCCUGAAAACGAAAAGCGAGAUCUCCGCGUUGGAGCAUAUUAUCCAGAAUCACGUGGUGCUGAGAUCUGCCAUGGAGGCAAAGCUCCGGCUGGAAACGGAGCGUCUUCGGGCAUUUGAAAAAACCCAGCAGAGCUGGCAACAAAAGGAGGCCGAGGCGAAGCUCGCCUACGAAAAAGAAAAACUGAAACACGACGCGUACAUGUCGACACGGCGUCGUCUCGAACAUGCGAUUUCAAGACUCAGUGGAAAAAGCCGGGCUCUCAUCAGAAUCAAGCACAACCUAGAAACUGGCGUGGACCAUGCCCAAGCCACGAGCCUGAAAUAUGGUACAUUCAAGGUCAGCGCGUAUGAGCCCGAUGCCGACUUCUCGAGAAACUGGGAGCUCUUGAGCCAGGAGUGUUUACGCGGUGCUCGAGUGUCUCUAUCGUUUUUUGGCUCGCCACGGCAAGACAUGUGUCUGCAACUAGCUGAUAUUCUCGUGUUUCUCCAACGUGGACAGGCGUCCUCGAACAAAGGUGGUCAGGAACACACAUUUUGUCUUCAGAGCGUGCUUAUCCACGACAACAACCGGUACUCGGAUCUCCUCAAUCUGUCUUCCGAAGUCGAUAUACAGCUUAAGACUGGCUACAUCAAUGUUGUCAGCCAGAAGAUGCUUGUGUCCAACAGCUCUGAAAUCCACAAUACAUUGAAGAGCAGCGCAGAAUACACGGGGGCAUAUCUCCAUAUCUUCACGGUUAUGGGCUCUGGCACAGGGAAUUCGGAAACACCGCUAGGCUCGGUGCUGAUACUUGACCUUUCACAUCUCUCAUGGCAAGCACAGAAUGAAGCGCUUGCUGCUGAGCGCAAUACUGGAAUCUUGCGUGACUUGCUUCAAAGAUCCCCGCUCGACCAUAACAACAUGGAUAUCUGUGAUCUUGAUAAUGUCGACGAGCCCGGUGCCCAGGAAUUGCUUGCAUCUUUGGAGAGCAGGACAUGCUGAUGUUCAUGGAGGGUGAUUCAAGCUGACUGCAUGCAUCACUGGA